UUAGUGAAGGCUUCAGCUGAUCGGCAUCCUUUGUAUUCUUGUCAGUUCUUCCCUUAUCCGCUGGAGAUCCUCGAGGAAAUCUUCCUGAACCUUCCUCCCCAUGAAGUGGUCUGUCUUUGCCGGUUAGUGUGCCGUCAGUGGAAAGAAGUGGCAGACAGUGAAUCUUUGUGGAGAGAGAGAUGUAGAAGAGAAAGAUAUCAACGUUGUGAUGAGUCCCGAAUACCCGACGACUGGAGGUUGUUUUACUUCAUGUGCAAGAAGAGAAGAAAUCUUCUCAAGAAUCCAAUUGGAGAAAAUAAAAUGAAGGAUUGGCAGAUAUUGAACAAUGGUGGGGAUAAGUGGAAAAUAGAAGGUGUUAUGGUGCCACAUCCAAAUAAGAAGGUCCAGAGAAACUUUGUGACCUCCUAUGAUAUGUGCAAAAAGGCACAGAUGAUUGAUUUGGAGAAGGAAGGUUACAACCCAUCGUUUAUGGAUCAGUUCCAGCCAGACAUCAGAAUAUCUGAUUGGUGA